AUGCUCGGUCUCGAUGCAUACGGAAGCAGUAGCGAGGAUGAAGUCGAGAUCAAGCCUACUCCUCAAUCGCAAUCAACACCCAGUCAAUCUAUCAACGAAGCUCCCAAUGGUCCAGCUCUCGGUCCCGCAUCCGGCCCCGCGCCUAUGAACCGGACACAAUCGCCAGAAGGUCCUUCAACGAGCGGUCGUUCCUCGCCUUUCUCGACCACACGAGCUCUAGUGCACGACUUGACGCUUCCGCCAGUCCCUAAUUUGGAUAUUCCACCUUCACCCCCGGGUUCACCGAACGCCGCAGCAAAUGCCAAGUUUGAGCAUUUCCUCUCCCUCAAGAAACAGGGCAUUCAUUUCAAUGCAAAGCUAGCCAGCUCCUCGUCCCUACGAAACCCUAGCUUAUUGAUGAAAAUGAUGGAGCAUGCGGGCAUUGAUGAGCAGUCACAAUACAACACGGCUUUGCCAUCGGAUCUUUGGGAUGUCUCUAACCUUCCCAAAUGGGCUUUCAAGGAGGAGCUUCUCAAGACUCAGCAGGAGGCUCGCCAGAAACAAGAAGAGAAGAACGCUGUGGGCCAGCGGUCGUCUAUCGAGUUUGUCUCUGGGGCGGAUGCAAAGAGGAAAGCCCCAUGA